UACGAGAUUGCUAACAGUUGCAUCGCAGGAAUGAAUUUUGUCCGGAUUUGUCACCGUUUUCGACCAGCAGCAACGCAAAAUAUUCAGUUCUUCAACCGUCGUGACCUCCUGGAUCGACGCCAGUGCUCUUCGAAUGCAGCUCCUCCGGGUUUACCGAGGGCACAACCGGUGGACCGCUCUCAGGAAUCUCGUCCCGUAUCGUACGGGCAGCCAAUGCCGUCCACCCAUCCGCAUCUGCUACAGGACGGUGAACUGGUGACGGGAGUGGGUUUGGCAGAAAUCCAAACCCGCCGACGCACCCUGUUUGAAUUGGUUCGAAAGUACGCCAAAGACAAUUUGAAACGAGACGCUAAGGAACAUCUGAUUAUAAUCCCAUCGGCCAGCAAAAAGUACAUGAGCGACAAAAUCCCGUAUGUCUUCCGUCAAAAUUCGGACUUCCUGUAUCUCAGUGGAUGCUUGGAACCGGACAGUGUCCUAACGUUGGAGCUGGACGCUGAUGGCAAUGAACAUUGUGCACUUUUUGUUCGGCCAAAGGAUAGUCACGCGGAACUUUGGGAUGGGCCGCGAACGGGAGUCGAACUGGCACCGGAGGUUUUUGGUGUCGAUCGAGCAGCGAAUGUGGCCGAUCUGAAGGCGCACUUGAGUCGGUAUGCGUUUGCUCAUCCCGGUGCGACGCUUUGGUUCGAUGAGAAGUCGUGCAAUCUAGACGAUGUUCGGCGCGUUGUGGCCCAUAUCGAUAAGGGGGAUAGUGUGUGUUCGCCUACUGGGUUGGUUCAUAAGCUUAGGGUUAUUAAGUCUCCGUCGGAGAUUGCUUUGAUGAGGCAAACUUGUCAAAUUGCUUCGGAAGCGAUUAAUCGAACGAUGGGCAGUAGUCAACCGGGGCAGAGCGAACACCAGUUGUUUGCUAAGGUGGAUUACCAUUGCCGAAUGGCUGGGGCAAGCUACUUGGCUUACCCGCCCGUUGUGGCGGGAGGUUCCAACGCAACGGUUAUUCACUACAUCAAUAAUACUCAGAUUGUACGGGACGGAGAAAUGGUUCUGAUGGAUGCUGGUUGUGAGUAUGGGGGCUACACCAGUGACAUAACGCGCACGUGGCCGAUUAAUGGGAACUUUUCAGAGCCUCAGCGCGUGUUGUAUCAAGUUCUGGAGCAAGUUCAGAAGGAACUGUUGAAUUGCUUGCAUAACGAGGAUGGAGAAACACUGGAUCAGUUGUUCGACACGAUGUGCGCAAAGAUUGGUAAAUAUCUGCAGGAGGUGGGAUUGAUACCACGAAGCUUGAAGGGGCUAGAUUUGUCGCGAGCAGCUUAUAAGUUCUGUCCGCAUCAUGUUUCACACUAUCUGGGCAUGGAUGUACACGAUACUCCGCUGAUUUCCCGGAGUAUUCCGCUGACAGCGGGAAUGGUAUGCACCGUAGAACCGGGCAUUUAUAUCAACCGCUGGCGGAAAGAUGUCCCCGAAGAAUUUCGCGGCCUGGGUCUACGCAUCGAAGAUGAUGUAUUAAUCGGCUCAGAUCGGAAAAUUGAAGUCCUAACCGAAGGUUGUGUGAAAAACCUGCAACAAAUUGAGGCUCGCGUCGGUUCGUCCAACAGUUGAAAAGAUUUCGUUUAAAAUUUCUUCCAGUUAAAGAAAAAAUUCGGAAAUUUACACGAAGGAGCUGUACAUAUAUAUUUUGAGUGUUUUUUUUAUAUAAAAAAUAAACUAGAUAAAAA